CUCAAGAACUUUCAAGUGAUCCAAAGGACCGCCGCCUCCAAAGAGAAGGAGAGUGUGAUCAGAGCCCGGGCUAACUCUGGCCUUAAUUCAAAUAGCGGUUGGGACGACCACUCGUCCAGAGGGCCGUCGAAUCUGAUUGAUUUGCAAAGUCCACAAUCGCAGACACAGAUCCAGAUGGAAGAGGAGUGCGAUAUAGAGCUCCUGCGGGACAGAGAGCAGGCCAUCCGUAAGAUCGAGUCGGAUAUAGUGGAAGUGAAUCAGAUAUUCAAAGACUUGGCGACAAUGGUUCACGAACAGGGAGAGGUGAUCGACAGCAUUGAGGCCAAUGUGGAGACCGCGUCCAUACAGGUGCACGAGGGCACCGCUCAGUUGUCUAAAGCGCGUGACUAUCAGAGUAAAGCGCGUCGAAAGACCUGUUUGUUGAGCAUUAUCUUCGCGUCUGUGGUUAGCGACAGAGCCAAAUUGAGGACUAAACUUAAUCUCUCGGAUGAUCUCUACUUUACUGUACAUCUUGUGAAUAAU